AUGGUGGACGACUGUUUCGUCAGUGAUAUCGAAAAUGUUGUCCGGUUAUCAUCACUCCCCUGCCAUGAGGAGGAAUUAUCAACUUCGCGAUGGGAGGAGCUGGCAUUAAAAGUUAGGGACUUGCUCAUUAGAUCCAGACGGAAUGAUAUCAAAAGGCUUCCAUAUCGAUCCCUUAUCCGGCUUCUAAUAGUCAUUUGUGGGUGCUUAGGAAAUGAGCUAUCGACAAAAAAAUUGACGAAAUGCAGCAAAGAUCUCGUAACGUUAGCUCAAGAAAUACUUGAUCACUUUGUAACUUCCUUUGGCGUUCCCGAUGUUGGCGGCCUUUUGGCUAUGAUUGUUCCCGGACGGUCCGUGAAGGCUACAGUAUUUGAUCAUAUUUUACUCGAAAGCACUCAGUGUAUCGCACGUUUGAGCACUGACUCAAGUGUCAACUCUUUGAGUAUGGCGCCUCUUUUCCGUGAUGCACUUAUUUGGGCAACGAGUAUGGUUCGUUUUCCUGUUCUAUGCAACGGUCAACAGUUAUCCACUUUGCACCCAUUGAGCCUUCAAUUGAUUGGAGAUUAUCGUUGUCAGCUUAAAAUGCUUGGUCUUCGAGUGCUUUUGCGUCUAGCACAAGAAGUUGUGGUGGCGUUUUGGAGAAUGACGGGUCGCGCCGAAGCAACUCUGGAAACACUGACUUGUCAGCGUUCUACUCACUCAGAGAAUGCGCAAAUCGUGGAACUGACUUGUAGCUCUAUAUCUGCACUCAUAUCCUUACUUGAGCCCGCUCCUAAGAAAAGGUGGUAUUCCAAAUUUAUGGACAAUCUUCUGUGCGAUCUAGCUCUUGAAACCCUUCUUGACAAAAAAAUAGUACUGCAGAGGUACGUUUUAACGCUAGUCGAUGUCCUUGGCCAAGAAGUACUGAUACACUCAAGACGGCUGCUGAAGGCUGCGGAACUAUCUCUGUUGGCCCCUCGCGCGCCUCCAUAUAAAGGAGAGGUUCAUUCACAGGAGCACGAAUCUUUCCUCCUUCAGCUGAACACUUUAAGUAAAUACGUCAGAUUGGCCGCGGAUCGUCUCUCUCCAGACAUAUUUUCGAUGGUUCUACCAAUCCUGAUUGCUUUUGUCGACUUAGAGUGGAACAGAAAAGGAAUCGACUUAAAUGCUCUUUCCAUGGAGAACAUAGCCCACGUUAUAGUUGAAAUCGUCGAAGAACUAGCUGCUAUUGAUGCUGUAAUUCUUCGUGACACACUUAAUAUGUGCACCGAACUCUCUCCAUCAACUAGGAGUGUCUUGUAUAAGUCCACCUCUGCAUCUUCAUGCGAACUGUAG